AUGGAUGCACGUCCGUUCGAAUACACAAACGAAGAAGAUGGAGACCCGAAACAAGAAUCUACGAUGGCACGGGAUGUUGAACUGAGCGGCGACACUUCCGACGGCUCAUCUUUGAAGGAAACAACGGAGGAUUUACUGGACGCUACGACGUUGUCGCCUAUGCGCAAAUUGCACAUUGUUGUAGCCGGCUUUACCUGCACCUUUAAUGGCAAUCUCGGGUCAUCCAUGCCUUCAGGCGCACUUGACGCCAUCAGCGAGCAGUUCGGAGUUACCGAUCGCGUUCAUCUGAUUCUUCUCAACUCAUUAUUCAUGUGCGGCUACGUCGAGUACAUCGGCAGACGACCGGUGCUGAUCGGGACAUACUGCGGAUACAUCAUCUUCAUGCUGGCCUGUUCUGGAGCACCAACUUACCCGGUGCUGUUGGUUUUCCGUCUUCUUUGUGGCAUCAAUGCGGCAGCGCCAACUACGGUCAUCGGUGGGCUCUACGCCGAUAUCCUUGAUAAUCCCGCGGUUCGAGGAAACGCCAUGGCACUUUACAUGACAGUCACGACUGUCGGCCCACUGAUCGGGCCCAUUGUUUCGGGCUUCUCGUCUCCGAUGUCCUGGCGAUGGCCCUUCUGGAUCGCCGGUAUCCUCGGAGUAUGUGGAUUGCCUCUCGUUCUUUCUCUGCCGGAGACAUACGCGCCUGUUCUCCACAACAACGCGGUCAAGAGGCAGCUGAAGAGAAACAAGGGUGCGGUUGAUGGCAAACAGCAACAGCAACUGCAGUUGCAGCCUUUUAACGUGCGAAAGAUCUUCCUCCGGCCCAUGAAGCUCUUGUUCACCGAGCCAAUCCUUAUGGCGACAUCUGCGUAUCUGACGAUGGCAUACUCUGUGUUUUACCUGUUGUUUCAGGCCUACCCAGUCAUCUUUAAAGACUUUUACGGCAUGUCUCCCGGGAUGGCCGGACUCGCGUUCCUACCUGUCGUUCUUGGGGUGUUCUUUGCCCUUGCCAUCUUCUCCGCAUGGACGCAUUAUCACGACAAGCAAUUCAAAGCCGGGGUCGAGUGGGCCUUAAAGCCUAUUAAUCGCAGAUUACCUCUUGCAUGUAUUGCCGCUCCUCAAAUGGUUAUAGCUCUGUUCUGGCUUGGCUGGACCGUGUGGCCAUCUACAUCCCCUGUCUUGCCCAUGUUCAGCGGUGUACUGUUUGGCUGCGGAUUCAACCUGCUCUUCAUGGGCAUGAUCAACUACCUCACAGACGUUUUCCGGCAAUAUUCUGCUUCAGCACAUGCAGCCGCCAGCAUGACACGCUCAAUCGGAGCCAUCACCCUGCCUCUAGCGGCAGGCAAGAUGUAUGGCAACCUUGGAGUUCAUUGGGCUCCAUCAGUUCUGGGCUUCAUUGCCUUAGCCAUGGGAGUAAUCCCAUUCAUUUUUAUCAGAUUCGGCGAUAGCCUCGCUCGGAGCAGCAAGACAGCACGAGAGGCGUUUGCUAUUGGAAACUGA